AUGGCUGAGGUGGUCAUCUUCCCCGCACAGCCUCUCUUCAUGGUCGACCGAAGCUGGCAACGACGCACUAGGAGGUUGAAAACGAAAUCUGGGCGUUUUGCAGGCCAUGGGCCGCCAUCUAGGACUCCUGAAGUCACCAUCACUGUGGCCAAAAGUUCAGUCAACACUGCAUCGUCACACUACAAGCGGGACGUGAGCUCAGCCACGAAGGAGACCCAGAGUGCACCUACAGGAUUGCAGUUCAUGUCAUACGAACCUUCAAGAUCGGACAGUCCUACGCGACAAACGCAAGGAAAGAAGCGGAUAGCAACAACCCCGAAUGCGAUAGGUAGAAGCAAGGAAAAGGAUCCUCGCAGAAAAAGUCCCUUGUCUAGUGGUCGGAAGCACACCGGCACGACGACGCUUCGGUCUACUCUAGGAGAUCAUGUUCCCGGUACCGCGUCUCCGCUAUACUCGCUCAUUGAGCCCGAAGCCAGCGCUUUCCAAGGGUUCGUUAGCUAUUACUCUACCCAUGUGGCCGCUGCAUUAUUUCCGAUCAGCAAAUACAUCCCUCUCCAAUAUAAUCCCAUUCAGACAGUGUGGCUCCCUGCAGCAGUGUCGGACAAGACUCUGCUUCAUACUAUACUAUUCUCAUCCGCACAACAUUACCGCGCCUGUCGCCAGGAUCGACAUCUCAAAGACUCCGAGAUCCUUAUGAAAGUCAUCCUCGACAGUCUUAAUCGCAGAUUGAGUACCAACUCUCUCUCGGACGUGACAAUCGGGGCUGUGUCAUGCUUAGCACUAAGCGAGAAUCAACUCGGACACCAUGACAAGUGGGCUAUGCACAACGCCGGCAUGUCUGAGAUGAUUCACGUCCGAGGAGGAGUAGAGUCAAUUCAGGACGUCAUGCGAAUGAAGAUAUAUCGUGCCGAUAUUAUUGGCGCUGUCGACACGUUGACUCGGCCUCGGUUGCCUCGCCCACCGCGAACGACUCUUCCACUCGACCGUGCUAUGAUUCUUGACGUGCGACCAAACGAGGCUCUCACCUCUAUGCUUGCGGGGCUCCGACUGUCGUCAAGGCUUUUCGAGGCUUUCCUUCAACUAUCCUGCCUGUGUCGAACGCUGGACCAAGCAGCCAAAGAGCAGAUUCCCCUCGAUCCAAGAGCUUACGAUGAAGACUUAACGUGUAUCCAACAUGACAUGCUUAUGUCCAACGUCUUGGAAGAAAGCGGCGUAGAGAAGCUCUGCAGACUCACCGGCUUGGUGUUUGUUCAGACCCUGACAAGAGAAAAGCCCUUCAUGGAGUCAUCUGCGACCCUUCUUUCUGGAGAGAUGCGAACGUCUCUUGCCAGCCUGCAUCUGAGAGUGAUACCACCUACACUGUUGUUCUGGAUGCUCUUCAUGGGUGGCCUGGUGUCCUCAGCCACGCCAGACAAGGGAUGGUAUGCGCGGAGGCUGCACGACUAUCAGACUUCGCGUGGCGGGCCAAAUACAUGGAAUGAUGCAAGAAAUCAACUCAAGCAGAUCAUGUGGGUUGAUGGUAUUCAAGAUGCCUAUGGCAAAAAGCUUUGGAGUUGGGUUGAAUCUCCUCUUCGGUCCGCUGAGUGA